UCAGUAAUCACUGGCGCUAUGACCUUGCGUUAGUUUACAGCUGUUUUUAUGUCGUGCGUAUGCUCGAGAAGGUCACUUGUGUUUCCAAAAGGAGGCAGAUCGUAUCGACACAUGCAAUAACCAAGCUACAAGAGGAAUAUUCAGUUUAUGAAUCCAAUCUGCAUGUUCCAUGGGCAGCAGCACUAGCAGUCUCUACAGUGCCCUGGCUAAGACCAUCAGCAGACCUGCUCUCCCUCACCCGUGUGACUCCACUUACAAUCCAGAUACAAAUCUGGAUCUGGAUCAAGACCCAGUGGACCCUUUGGAGCUGUUGCGGGAAUGUAGAGAGGUUUUGAGAAACCGGCCAGCCCAGCUGCAGAGAGCUUUCGUUCAGACCGGGCAUGGAGACGCCAGGCAGACGAUCAGAGUUAUGCAGUGGAAUGUACUUGCACAAGCAUUAGGUGAAGGCAUGGACAGUUUUGUGCAGUGCCCCAUGGAUGCUCUGAACUGGGCUGAAAGGAAGUAUUUGAUCCUGCAGGAGAUCAUAACCUACAGACCUGACAUCAUUUGCCUACAGGAAGUUGAUCACUACUUUGACAUGUUUCAGCCUGUCCUGGCAAGUUUGGGCUACCAGAGCAGUUUCUACCCCAAACCAUGGUCUCCAUGUCUGGAUUUGGAGAACAACAAUGGCCCAGACGGCUGUGCCCUGUUCUUCAAUCACAAACGCUUCCAAUCACUAAACACAACACACCUACGACUGUCCGCCAUGAUGCUGAAGACCAAUCAGGUGGCGAUCAUCGCCGCUCUACGUUGCCGAGCAACAGAGCGUGUGUUUUGUGUCGCGGUGACGCACCUGAAGGCACGGAGUGGUUGGGAGGUCCUACGCAGUGCGCAGGGCUCGGAUCUGCUACGGAACCUAAGAAACGUUGCACAGAGAAUCGAGAACGAAGAGAAAACAGAUACCGACAUUCCUCUGAUCGUAUGUGGCGAUUUUAAUGCCGAGCCGUCAGAAGACGUCUAUAGGAAUUUUGCAACAUCUAAUCUGGGAUUGGACAGUGCGUACAAGCAUUUGAGUGCAGAUGGGAAAACCGAGCCUCCUUACACAACGUGGAAGAUCCGCCCAAGUGGAGAGAGCUGCCACACGCUGGAUUACGUGUGGUAUUCGCACAGAGCGUUUGAUGUUAAUGCGGUUCUGGACUUUCCUACAGCCGAACAAAUUGGACCCAAUAGGCUUCCUUCCUAUAACUACCCUUCUGAUCACCUCUCCCUCAUCUGUGACUUCAGCUUCAAGGAUCACAUGCUUGUUUCCCAGUAAUUUCCCAGUAAUUGACGUGCUAGUUAUUUUGCAAGACAUUUACCACAAGUCGAGACUUGUGUUGGCACAACAUUUCUACAUAUUUUGCAUUGUUCAUGACUCACUCAUGACUCAUUAACGAUUCACUCGGUAUAUUCCGAAAGGGACACAAAAAAUGAGAAUGCUCUGUUUGGCUUUCUUUAGAGAUUUGUUUUCACUUUCAAAGACUGCAGCACAAUAAAACCUUCACAUAGCAUAAAAAUCA